AUGCGAACGAGCGAAUCGUACGAGGGCGAGCCUGUUGAGGGCCCGUUCGGGAACGUGCCACCUCCAGCGAGAGCGCCCCUCCAAGGGGCUGAGUCAUCGCGCGCGGCACGGCUCGAGGCAGUUGCCGUUACGCAGCAGCAACAGCUGCUAGCGGUGCGGGCGCGCCUCAGUAAGACCGAGCGUCGGGUACUAGCUCUCUCGCAGCGCGACGAUGGCAAGGCAGUGCUUCUCGCUGAGGCAGAGGCGCGCUCGGCGACGCAGGCGUGCCGCCUUCGAGACGAGGAGGUGGCACAGCUUCGUUCUUCGCUUGCUCAGCUCGAGUAUGCCGCAGCUGCAAGCAAGGUGGGCGCGUUCGUGGUUGAGCGCGCGCGGGAGGUGUCGAUGCUGCGGGAGAGGCUUGCGCGCGCCCAGAGCGCAAAUCAGGCCUCCUCUCGACGCGCACUCGAGCGCGAGUUGAUCGCCACAAAGAAACAACGGGAGGAGGCAGAGGUCGCUGCCCUCGCGGGUGCCGGCGGCGAGGGCGCACGCGGCGGACGCGCUAAGGCAGCGGAGUUUGUGGUCUCUCGACUUCGCGAUGCCUCGGCGGAGCUGUCCAUCGAGGUUAGCUCACUCCGCGAGGCGCUCGCUGCGAAGGAGACCGAGCUGAAGGCCGAGGUGGCGCGGCGGACCUCGGUAGAGCGCGAGGCGCUAGCUGCACCCCGCAGCGGCGAGCCCGAGUGUGCCACCAUCGAGCGCCUGCAAGACGAGCUUCGCGAGCUGCGUGAAGGGGCCGACCCUGAACGGCGGGAGAAGGAGGGGGCCGUGGUCCAAACGCUCUUUGCCGAGCUGCACGCGGAGCGCAAGCACGUGGCCGAUCUCGAGGCCUCGAGCGGAACGCAGCACCUCGGCAACGAGCUAGGUGUCAACGCCGUCCUCGUUCGCUACAGGCGGCGCUCGCCUUUGGGAGCGAAGAUCUUGAAACUUCGCUCCUCUCCCUGCCCACCGACGUCCACUUUCCGUGACAUGGCCAACAAGUCUCCCUUGCCUGCCCUGCAGCUGCUGCAUGGCAAGGAACUGGAACUGCGACAGAUGGAGCAUCAAGUAGCCCUGCUUGGCGAAGCCGCACUUGCAGAGCCUCCGGAGCAAGAGAAUGGAGCCCAGCAGGCGCGCAUGGGCCAGGAUCGCACGCCGCUUGCUGCUGCGCCGCUGCUCAAGUCUGCUCCCCCGCGCGAGCCAGCUCGCGAGACCGCCGUGGUUGUGGAGGCACCGGAGCCAAUGCCAACUCCAUCACAGGCCGAGACGGAGGCAAAGCGUGUCAACGAGGUGACCGGCGAGGCAGAGGAGGCCAGAGAGGCCAUGGAGGCCGAGGUGCCGCAACGUGCGUUGGCCGUGGAUGAGCCCAACGGGGAGGGGGGCGACGCAGCCACGAUGAAACCUGCUGGCUCUCCGGCUUCUGUAAUCGAGGUUGCGGGUGAAGCAGAGUCUAUUGGCGGGGACGAAGGCGAGCUAGGCAGGCCCGGGUCCGCGGGCGAGGAGAUAGCCAAGCUAACCGCCAGCGCACCGACAGAGGUUCAAAAGGCGGACGCACCAGAGGCGGUGGAUGUCUCAGACGUUGUGCCAGGAGCAGGUAGCGAGCCCGUGGUGGGCGAGACUGAGGUGGCAGCUGUGGGCGAGGAGGUGGCGCCAGGAUCGGCAAAUGUCGGGGGCGAGGCGACGCCGCAAGGUGAGGCGGUGACGGAGGAAACGUCUCUCGAUGGCACAGAUGCGGAGGCCGAAUCAGGCGCCGAAUCAGGCGCGGUUCGCGUGGAGGCUGAGCAUGAUGAUGCGCAGACGGAGAGUGUGAUUGACCCCCCGACGGACGCGGGAGAGACAGAGGCGGGCGAACUGGGCGAGCCCGAGGGCGAGGGGCCAGAGGCAGAGAUAGCUGCACCCAUCGAGGCGGCGCCCGAGGUAGGGGAGGGGUCAAAAGCAGAGCCAGAGAGGCGGUAG